UAGUGGCGAGCGAUUGAGGUUUCCUGAAGUAGAUGCUCAACUUCCUGAUCGUGUUCCAUGCGAAUAGAAAGCCAAGUGGGAAGCUUAUGACAGCCCGUAGACGUCGGCACAACGAGCUAAACAUGGCCUGUACUGACACCAGGUGGUGUCCGCGACGUACGAAGCAGGGUCACAAAGUGCUAGUAGCUGCGUGACUGCUCGGAUGUCCCGCGCAUGAUGCGGGCACGAGCCUUGGCAUCUCGCCAAUGUUCGUCACGAAGAGAAUAGAUGUGCACUAGUACAGGCUCCGUAUAUAGGACAUAAGUUGGACUCCACGGUAUACUCACGUCUUUCUUUACAGUACUCGCUGUCUUAUCAAUCAUGGUGUCUUCGCUAGUGCAGAUACCGAAAUCUGCAGCUAGCCUUGUGGCAGACUCAGGCUCUCAAUUAGCUCUCGAAGAGCUUCCCGCUGAUCAGACCUCUCGCGGUCGGCUGAGCCCUACAGAGGGCGAGCGUGAUGCCGUCGCCUUCAAACGUGGUUUCGCAUUUUGGAUGGUCUUCGCAGGUAAUCUCAUGGUGGACUUGCCGUCUGCGUUAGACCUAACAGCCGUAUCCACCGCCUUGCCAACUAUCACCUCCCAUCUGCAUGGAUCCGACUUCAUUUGGGCCGGAAGCGCAUAUGCCAUUGCUUCCACAGCCAUCCUCCCUACAGUGGGCGGGCUGGUAUCUGUCUUCGGCCGAAAGCCUAUCAUCCUAGGUUUCAUACUUCUCUUUGCGCUAGGAUCGGCACUCUGCGGCGCGGCUCAAAACAUGGCGAUGUUCAUUGCUGGCAGACUCGUACAAGGAUUGGGUGGCGGAGGAUGCAUAGCCGUCACAGAGAUCAUUUAUGCGGACCUCAUUCCCCUGCCAGAGCGAGGGAAGUUCUAUGCUAUAACCGCGUCAGUAUGGGCGUUAGCAAGCGCUGUCGGCCCCCCGAUUGGCGGCGCAUUCUCUGGGUCUGGAGCGUGGCGAUGGCUGUUCUUCUUGAACCUUCCACUCUGCGGCAUCGCGUUUGUGUUGGUGUCUGUGUUUCUUCACGGUCACAGCCCUCGGGACACCUUGCGCAACAAGAUCGCACGAAUGGACUGGCUGGGGCUCGCCGUCGUGAUCUCGAGCACCGUUUCAGUGAUGAUGGCACUUACAUGGGCGGGAGUCCGCUAUCCUUGGCCCUCGGCUCACGUCUUGGUCCCGCUUUGUCUCGGCGCAGUCGGACUUGUCCUCUUCUUCAUCAUGGAGUUAUAUUUGAAGUCUAUCGAAGAGCCUACGAUCCCGGCCUUCAUACUCAAGAAUAGGACCACUCUCAGCGGAUAUCUCGGCACGUUCUUCCAUGGAAUAGCGGCUAUGGCCCUUAUAUACUAUCUACCAGUAUACUUUCAAGCAUCGAAACUCGCCUCACCAGUUCGAUCGGGAUUAUACAUGUUUGGCGUUGCAUUCACGAUCCCGCCCUUCGCGAUACUCAUGGGCGUCUCUGCGCAAGUAAUGAGACGUUACUGCCCGCAGAACUACAUCGGAUGGAUUAUCACUAUAGCCGGGUUCGGGCUCUUGUCGACGCUUGACGAGAACAGCACAACAGCAAGAAUCAUCGGAUAUCAAAUCUUCCUAGGUGCGGGAGUGGGCAUCAUUUGGAUCGGAACACAGUUUCCGAUUCUUGCGCCGCUACCUUUCUCCAAUAACGCCCACGCGCUCGCCUUUUUCACCUUUACUCGUGUCUUUGCGCAGAGCUGGGGGACUGUCAUGGGUGGAACAAUUCUGCAGAAUACACUCCAGUCGCGCCUUCCGAAGGCUUUCAUCGCUUCCCUCCCACACGGCACUCAGCUUACUUAUGUCAUUAUCCCCGAGGUACCGAAGUUGGCCGAGCCACUCAAGACGGAAGUACGCGCGGCUUUUGCGCGGAGCACGUCUACGAUAUGGCACGUCAUGAUCGGAAUAUCAGGACUCGGACUGCUGACAUGCCUCCUGAUGCGGGAGGUGCCAAUGCGGACGUCAAUGGACGAGAAGUGGGGUUUGGAGGACCGUGGAAAGGGGGCUCCCGACAGUAAAGAUUGAUUCUAUUACGAACAAGAAAGGUUCGACGGCAUGGCUUACGUAGACGUUCACCGGCAGGGACACAGUAGAGUGAGGAGCGAGGGUGUAUAGCUUACAAGUCUCAGGCCCACAACAUGUCAUAAUAGUCUUCCGAGCAUGGUAUAUGUUUUGAGUGUUGCAACGUAUACGAGCC